UGAAAACAUAUUAUCGUAAUACCCGAGUCUAACUGAAUUACCAGAUGGUAGUUGCGGGAAAAGCAGACCGAGACUGUUACGAUGGUGGAGAACCCGUAUGAAGGAUGGAAAUGUGGAUGGUGUGCCAGAGAACGCUGACAACGAGGCUUACCUGGGCGCUCUUAAAUGCCGGAUCUGGCUCUCAGUUUGUAACCUGGAAACAAACCCCGAUAAUGGAAACCCAUGGCGACAAAUCAAACGUCAGCUUUGGUCAUUAAAACGAUUGAUUUGGAAAUCAGAUCGAGUGAAUAUAGCAGGCGGAAGACGCAACUGGGCGCGCUGGUGGUUGGCCACCUACCGGGAUACUCGAGCCGCUGCCAAGGCGGACCUGGCCGGAAAAUGCGCCGAGUGGAGAGAGAAGUGUAACGCAGAAGACGGGGAUCCUACAGACCCAGGCCCAGAUGAUGGUGACUCAGAGGAAGAGAUGAGUGAUGAGGUGACUGACAAUACAAGUCCGACUGUGCCUACAAGUCCUUCUGCCUUGACUGACGUAAAUGUAGACCGACUGCAUGAAGAAUGA